AUGCAUAUGUUUCCAAUUGGACGUGUUGUUUAUAUGCCAUUAGGGUCCGCAACAUCUAAUACAACAUCCUUUUUAACUCCAUUAACUUCACAAUCGCAAAUAACAGAACAUCAUCCGCCAACAUUGAUACCGUUACACGAAACAGCACAUAAUGUCAAUUUAACACCAUUAUACAAUACUGUAUUAACGAAUUUGACAAUGUGUCAUAAAUUUGAACAUAACACAUUGAAACGUUUGCCCUCAUCUGCAACAUUACCGAAUGAACUUAAGCGACCACAUGAUGACUCUGAUACAAGUCGUCGAAGAAAACGUACGAAACUAUCAUCUUCAUCUCCAAGCAGUGAUGGAACAACUUCAUCUACUAAUACCACUACCACGUCGCCAUCGUCCAAAAAUUCCUUGAUGAUGUUACAUGAAUUUAAACCAAAUGUAGAAUAUAAAUUGAUAUCUCAAACCGGUCCGUCUCAUCGACCUAUUUUCACCAUGGCUGUUGAAAUCAACGGACAAACAUUUGAAGGCAUGGCUGCAACUAAAAAAGAAGCAAAGCAAUUAGCUGCCGAAAAAGCUCUUCGUUCAUUUGUACAAUUACCGUUUCCAUUCGAAUCGACGAGCACCAGUGAUGAUCAGAUAGAACAAGAAUGUCAAAAAUCACAAGAUGAAGAUACGAUAUCGACAAAUAUAACUGAUGAUAGUAAUAUUGAUAAUAUAACUUUAAAUAACAUUAUUACAACAAAUCAAAAUCAACAGCCACCGAAUGAACCUAAAGAAAUUCAAAGUGGCAUGGGACCGUUGUAUAUCCUUAAUCAGUUGAAACGUGGUGCUAAAUUUGAAUUGAUAAACGAUAAUGUAACAACUGGUGAAACAACUGAAGUGAAAGAAUUUAAAUUUUCUGUUAUGAUUGACGGACAAACAUUUAUUGGAAUAGGACGAAGUAAAAAAUUAGCAAAAACACGUGCAGCACAAUUAGGAUUAGAAAAAAUAUAUGGAAUGUGUUUUGAUAAAGAAGGCAAUGUCCCCGUUGAAAAUGAUACGCUACCCUCAACUUUAACAUAUUCAGGAAAAGAUUUAGCCGAUAAAAUAGCUAAUUGUAUUCAAGAAAAGUUUCAACAAUUAACAACCAAUGAUGUUCGUUUACAACGCCGAAAAGUUUUAGCUGGAAUUGUGAUGACAAAAAAUUUUGAUUUAUCAACAAUGGAAAUUAUUUCAUUAACAACAGGUACGAAAUGUAUUAAUGGUGAGCGAUUAGUAUUAAAUGGAAAAGCGUUAAAUGAUUGUCAUGCAGAAAUUGUUUCUCGUCGGUGUUUAUUACGUUAUUGUUACCAUCAAUUAAUGUUAUUCUGCGAUGAAACAACAAGAGCUGAGUCAAUAUUUGAAUUAAGACAUAAUAAACAAAAAUGUAGAUUAAAAGAUAAUAUACAAUUUCAUUUAUAUAUUUCGACUUCUCCAUGUGGUGAUGGCCGAUUGUUUGCACCUCAAGAACAGCAGCAAGAUUCCAGAGAAGAAGUAGUGUCUAAUGAACCAUCAAAUUCACCAGUGAGUCAUCCACUAAGAAAAUCUCGAGGUUUACUUCGAACAAAAAUUGAAGCUGGUGAAGGAACCAUACCAGUACUUGCUAAAACAAUCUAUCAGAGUCUUCAAACAUGGGAUGGUGUAUUAGGUGGUGAACGUUUAUUAACAAUGUCUUGUUCAGAUAAACUUUGUCGCUGGAAUUUUAUUGGCUUGCAAGGCGCACUACUGAGCAUGUUGAUUGAUCCAAUCUAUUACACAAGUAUCAUUAUUGGAAGUUUAUAUCAUUCCGUUCAUAUCAGACGAGCGUUAUAUGCAAGAAUCGAGCGUGCAAUUGAAGACAUUCCACAACCUUUUGGUUUACGACGUCCGUUUAUUUCGGGCAUUUCAUAUCCCGAAAUGCGAACAACAAGUCGUGCGCCAAAUCACUGUCUAAUAUGGAACUGUGUGGAUCAAACAAUCGAAGUUAUCGAAACUGUUACUGGUCUUCAAGCUAAUCGUGAAUCAUCUACAGUCUCGAAAGCAGCACUAUUUGGUCACUGGUUAAAAGUUAUCAAAUUGCUUAGAUCAGAUAUUGAUGUCGUACCAAAUAUCUAUUGUGACGCCAAAAAUUUAUGUACAGAUUAUCAAUUAGCAAAAGCAGAGGUUGGCAAAGCAUUUCGAAAAAAUGGCCUUGGAAUGUGGAUUAUGAAGCCAUGUGAACAAGAUGAAUUUGAUCUAUGUUCAACAAUAUCAGAGCCUCUGACUAAUGUAUUGAUGAAUGGAGAUAAUAAUCAAAAUGAUGAAAGUUAA